GCCUGAUUGGCCGAGGCAAUUCUUGUUUGAAGGGAAUAUCAAAUGUGGAUCACUGCGUGGCCCGUGCAUACGCGUAUAACCAGUCCGAGCCCACUUUAAGCAUCACGGAUCCAGAUCUUCUGGCGGAUUCUCUGCUGACAGGUUCGCAGAGGCUAAAGGCGUGAGCAAUGUGAAAAUAGGCUGCAAAAUUUGCGCUCAGACAAGUACAUGACUUGUCUCUCGCGACGCCGAAUCCUCUGCAGGUUGGGUUUCCGCGUACACCCGACAUGCCACGCAGGACGCAUAAGAAGUCUCGCAAUGGCUGCGUUGAAUGUAAACGCCGUCACGUGAAGUGCGACGAGCGACGACCCAUCUGCUCCAAUUGCGUUGCUUCGGAACGACGGUGCCAGUUCGCUGGACCUGCCCCUACAGUCUCAUCGGCACAAGCCUCGCCCAGCACCAGCCAUGAGAUUACUUCUACUUCUCCCGCCACCAGUUCACCCGCACAACAACCCACACCAGCCCCAAGUGGCGGCUUUGUGCAAGAUGCUCCGGUCAACCUACUUCAUGUGGAGCUUUUUCACAACAUAUUGUUGGAAGGCGCUAAUUGGGUCAAUGCCCACGAGGUAUCGUUUAGCACAUCUUUCCCCGACUUGCUAAGAAUCGGCCUUGAAGCACCUUACCUGCUCAAUAUGAUGUUAGCUAUAAGUGCUUUGAACCUCAGCAUUGUGAAGCCAGAUCGUCGAGACUACUAUCGACAUCAUGCGACUCAACUUCAAAGUCAUGCAUUGAACAACUUCAAUAGCCUAUCACCACACUUCGACCGAAAAACUUGCAUUCCAAUGUUCCUUUUUGCUGCAAUCCUGGGACUUCAUUUUCUCUGCGAGACACUCGUCUUUCGAGAAGGCCCUUUCGAGAGCUUCCUCGACCGCUUUGUGCAGUACCUUCGACUCCAUCAAGGAAUACGUACAAUCACAGCUGAGGGGCGGUGGGAGUACUUACAGGAAACGAGCAUUAAGCCAUUUUUGACAAUGAGUGAACGGCUUCCGCCCAUGGACUCUAAGUUUGGUCCGGUGUGCGAGAGUUUAUACCAACGCAUCGAAGGCUCUGAAAAAAGUGAAGCUAGGCUCAAGGUAUAUCGUCAAACUAUUCAAGCUCUGCAAAUGGUGAUGACGGCACUCGAUUCUGAGAAGGAACGCCUGGGUGCUUUGGUGGCGUGGCCAGUGAUUGUAUCCCCCGAUUAUGUCGAUCUGGUAGCAUCGCAUCAAGGAGAAGCUUUGGUGAUUUUGGCAUAUUAUGGCGCACUGAUUCACCCAAGCCGUAACCAUUGGGUGUUUCAAGAUGGCGGCCAAUUCUUGAUAGAAUCAGUCACCCAGUAUCUGGGACCUGCCUGGCAUGAUUGGCUAGAAUGGCCGUGGAAAGCCUUGACUUAGACUAUAUUUCUGGUGUGACAUUAACGAAACGAAGCUCAUGGCACAAAAAGGCUAC